CAGCUGUUGCAGUUUAACUCCACUGCGACCGGCACGUACUAUAUUAUUAUAGCAGCAAUAAUUAGUAAUUACCGACUAAACAAUAAAUAAUACUUUCAAGUCUUAAGUAUUAAGUACUUAUUUAUUAUAAUAUUAUUUAUCAUCAUCGGUGUUCACCAUGAUAACGGUUGACAUGGACACACAAUACGCGGUACCUAUUGGCUAUUAUAAUAAUAAUAUUUAUUAUUUAAUACGGUAUUGCAGUCUGCGACCACAAUAUUGAUAUCCGAGUACGCGACAGCAGUCAGCAGCUUGUGAUCGAUCAACGAAUUACACAGUUUUUCGUUAGUUGCAUUCUUGCAUUUCAUUUUCCAUCCCGACCGGGUAGACUACUAUUGAGUGGUUAUUUUGCAAAAUCUCCAAGUUCGUCCGACUCCCGAAUUACCGUUACGUGGGUACUUUGAUGAUAUUUUGUUUUUCCUGUGCACAGAUAUUAACUCGAAACCUGUUCAACCAUGAAGCCCAUAACCGAUGUCAGAGUUGUUAAAACCACAGAAUCGGCAUUCAUUAGGCCGUUUUCAUUGAUAUUUAAACAAGGAGGAAAUGAAAUAAAAUGGGACCUAAUUGAUAGUCAUAAUGGAGUGUUUGUGAUCAUUUACAACAGAACCAGAAAUACAUUGGUGUGUGUUAAACAAUUUAGACCAGGUGUCUACUAUAAAAGUAUACCAGAAUGUGAUAGACCAAAAGAUGGACUCAUUGAUACCAAUAAAUAUCCACCUAGCCUUGGUUUGACUGUAGAAUUUUGUGCUGGUAUUGUAGACAAAAACAAAGCUCUUGAAGAAAUAGCUGUUGAUGAGGUCCGAGAAGAAUGUGGUUAUGAAGUCAAAGUGUCAGAUAUGCAAAAAGUCAUCAGUUGUAGAGCUGCAUUAAGUACAGCUGGUUCCAUUAUGACAUUUUUUUACACCGAAGUAACUGAUCAAAUGAAAAUUUCUGAAGGAGGAGGUCUUGCGCACGAAGGAGAAGAUAUUGAAGUCGUAGAAUACACUAUACCACAAAUCAGAGAUAUAAUCACUCAAUCAGAAGUUUUAAAUGGGUCAUCUAGUUUUCUUUUUGGCUUAAUGUGGUUUUUGACAAACAAAAUUGUUUUGAACAAUUAAAUUUAAACCAAUUGCAUUGUUGAUUUAAUAUUAAUUAAUAAGUUAUACAUUUAUAUAAAAAUUAUAAAAUACAAAUUACCUAUAUUAUUUUUCAAAUUCAAAUUCAUUAUUUAUUUAUUUUUUAUUUACAUUUCGUGGUUUAUUUUAGCAGAUACCCAACCUAAGCCCCAUUUUAAAUUGGUAAGCAUAAACUUUAGAGCUUUAGUCCAACCUUCUUCGGAAUUCAAUUGUAUUCUAUAAUAUCAAAGUAUAUUAUAAAUAAAUAUUAGUGCUCAAUUAUUAAUUGAUAUUUUUAAUAAAAGUAAUUUAUUAUAA